CAAGAAUGGCUUCCGUAGUGAGCGAACCCCACAAAGAGCUUGUUGGAGGUGGUGAGAACGCUAUAUACAUCAAGGAAUGCACUGAACUACAUUUAGGGAGUAAAGGCAUAGAGAAACUGCGCGGAUUCGAGGUGUUCGUCAACUUGGAGUCGCUCUGGCUGAACGGGAAUAAGCUCAAGAAGCUCAACAACCUAGAUGCUCAGACGCGGCUAAAAGCGCUGUAUGCUCAGGAUAACCAAAUAUGCACGUUGAAAGGCAGCCUUGAACACUUCAAGUUCUUAGAAACCCUCGAUCUCAGCAACAACCAGUUGCGAGACCUGGACAAACAGAUCAAAGUGCUGGAGAAAUUCAAAUUCAUCAAGGAACUGAACCUCAAAGGCAACCCGCUGUGCGAGGAGCCCGACUACCGGCUCAUUGUCAUCCACCGCAUGCCCGCGCUGAAGGUCCUGGACCAGCACGUGAUUACGGCGCUGGAGCGGCGGAAGGCGGAGGGCCUCAUCGGCGGCGACGUGGCGACGCUAACCGUGGCCUUUGGCAAGCGCUUGCCGCCGUACGACCCCGCCUGGGACGAGAAGGUCCCUGAGCGCUCGGCCCUCGAGCAGCAGAUGAGCAAGGAGGCGGCGACGAUACGUGACACGCUGCGGCACGAGGCGUACAUGAAGGAGCGCGGCAUGUUCCUACACGACCCGCACCCGCAGGCGCCGCGGGGGUCGUCGCUGCCGCCCAAUGCGGGCACUGUGCGCGCGAUGCAGAUCUGGCGCCAGCAGCUGGAGGCGACGGGGCAGCACGUGUCGCAAUCGGGCUCGGCGCCGGCGUCGCCAGCAUACGGAGGGGCGGACCGCUCCAGUCCGGCUGGCACCACUGGGCGAGGAGGAGGCGUCGGGUCGUCGGCGCAAGGCGGGCGGCUUCGGCACACCAGCGGCAGCGGGAGAGGCGCCAGCCUCAGCCCCAGCCCCAACCGGACAGGCGGCCUGGCGGGGACGGGGGCGGGGGCGGGCGGGGAGGGGCCGUACACGUCGAAGGACAAACUGGUGCUGUACACGCUCAGGUCGGGGUCGGACCCCCUGGCCACGGGGCCGGCGGCCGCCACGCUCACACGCCCGCCGCCAGGCACCAUCAAGUUCGAGGCGGAGGAGUACCAGCAGUUCCUCACGACGCGGGCGGCAGGGGCAGGCGGUUGGCAGGUCGGCAAGACCAUGGUGCCGCUCUGAUCGCGAGCGAGGCGGCCAGGCGGGCAGUAGUGGCGUGCGGGGUGCGUCGUGCAGGCUGGUGCGCGCGUUGGGGGCGCCUGGCAGUGGGGUAGGGGCCGAGGCUGUAGCUGGCCCUAGCGGGCAGGUUGGUUGAAAGCACGUCAUGCGCUGCGUCAACAUUUCUGCCCAUCGUGGGCAGUGAUGGCAAUGGUGGUGUAUAUUACCGGCAAGGCUGUGGGUUCACGUUUCCAAUGCUGAUGAUCUUAUGAACGAUAGGGUCUGAUAGACAAGAACGGCUAGGAACCAAGGGCUUAAGCGCAGGUAUGGUGGAGGGAACACGAACGACGGAGACGAGUUGCGUCAGGUGGACAAAGGUGGACAAGCGAGGUCGGGUCUGGUAUGGUCUCGGUCCUGACACGGACAAGGCCUGUCCACUGCGUGCGUGUGCUCGUGCCGGUGCAGACCACAGCACGGCACAGACCACAAACGCUGUGUUAGGGCCCAUUUGAAGGCCUGGACGCCAUGCUGUUUGACCACUCUUCCAGACCGGCGUCAUGCUGUUUGACCACUCUUCCAGA